GCAAUAAAAGUGAGUAUGGAGAAGUUUGCCAUAUAUAUCUCCAUGUUUUACUCUCAUUGAUAGCAUUUUAGAGGAAAUACUAACCGUUAUUAUUAUGGUAUACUAACUAAUAUAUACAACUGUAAUUCUUCCCCCCUCUUCAUGCUUCCAUGUCUACCUCCUUUAAUUCUUUUUUCAAAUUCAAAAAAUCCCAUAAAUUCCCUCUCCUUAACAUUCUCCCUUUGGCCCUCUUCAAGGCAAAAAACCCUCAUCUUGCUCUUUGAUAUUGAAUAAAAAAUGAGCAACCCAUAUACAGUAACAAGGCUUGUUAGAUGGCGAAUUAAAGAUUGGGUAUCUUGUUUCUAUGCUUGCAGGUUCCCCUUAGAGGACGAACGGGGUAAGUUUUGCAUAAAGACGCCUCAGACAUCGAGUAGAAAGAUGGCUUUUGAUCCGAUUGGUGAGAGUAGCAGGAAGAACAGAAAGAAGAAGUUGAACAAGAAAAUGGAACAAAGGAAAAAAGAAACAGUGAAAGUUUCGGCAGAGGAGAAGGGUGAAGAGGGAGAAAAUGACUCGAGCUGGCCGCGAUUCUCAGAAGAGGAUUAUAUUGUGUUUUGCUUUGAAGACGAUGGAGGAAUACAUAUAGUGGAAGAUAAAAAGUCGGAAGCAUUUCAUCAGAAAAUUGAUCAUGCUAAUUUGACUUCAAGGCCUGUUUGUAGGAAGCUUAAAUAUGUAGAGAAUGCAAAAGAGAUUCUUCCUCAGAGUCAAAACGAUACGGUCAGUGUAGAUGGAGAAAAUAGCUUUGAAUCAGCUGAAGAACAAAUUCCCGUUGCAGACGAUAAGGGUGAGGGAAAGGGGAGGGAUGAUACGGAAGAGGAAUGGCCGCCUUCUGUUGUUAAAGAGAUCAGUCACAUAGGUGAGGUUAGUAGCGAAAGCAAAACGCCUCCAUCUGCAGAAUCAAGUGAUUCUAAUUACUCCACUGGUAGCACUAGUUCCUUUGCCUUCCCAGUGUUGGGCUGGGAGUUAUUGGGCAGUCCAGCUCAAAUGCCAAAACCUGUAGGAGGAGAAGAACAAGAACAAGAAGGCCCACGUUUCGGGAAGCAUAAGGCUUGGUGCAGCGUUCAUCACUGUUGCAAAUUUUGACACCUGCUAAUGGAUGAAUACAAGGUCGAGCUAGCCAUACGAGUCAAAUGGGAUGCGAAAAAUGAAGAAUGGGAGCUCAAAAUAACACUUGGGAAAAGGUGAAGCCCACCUGUGCACGCAGGUGGGAAAGCAACCUAGAGUGCAAUGUUUCUGGAUGCCCACGUGCGAAGCUACCUGCGCCAGCAAGUGACCAGUGCGGUGGCAUUUUUGUGAUUAUCAUGAACGCAAAUUUAAGGGUUUAAAAAGGGGGUUUUCAUCUUUAGAACUCCAUCUUUGUACAUUUUGAAGCUUGAGAAACAUUGAGUGAAAAUCUAAGAGUGAAAUUAGUAUUUUUCUUUAGCCUUCAA